AUGGCUAGCAAUCAAGAUACAGCCCCUCCUCCUGCACAAGGUCUUGGACCUCUGUAUCGGCCCGAUGGCGAGAAGCCUACUGCGACCGUCUCAAAGGACGUUUCUUACGAUAAUGUCCACGUCCUACCUCAAACGCCGCAGUUGAUUGCUCUCUUGACGAUGAUCAGAGACCACCGGACCAGCCGUGCCGAUUUCAUCUUCUACUCGAACCGCAUUAUCCGGUUGCUGGUCGAGGAGGGCUUGAACCACUUGCCCGUUGUUGAGCAGUCCAUUACCACUCCCGUCGGACGGUCCUACCUUGGUGUGAAAUUCGAGGGAAAGAUUUGCGGUGUGUCUAUUAUGCGCGCUGGUGAGGCCAUGGAGCAAGGGUUGCGCGACUGCUGCCGUUCCGUCCGCAUUGGAAAAAUUCUCAUUCAGCGUGACGAGGAAACUUGCUUGCCUAAGCUCUUCUACGAUAAGCUGCCCACCGACAUUGCUGAGCGUUGGGUUCUUCUCCUUGAUCCCAUGUUUGCCACUGGCGGCUCUGCGACCCUUGCUGUGGAGACCCUGAUCGCCAGAGGGGUCCCUGAGCACCGCAUCCUCUUCCUUAACCUCAUUGCCAGCCCGUCCGGCGUGGCCGAGUUUGCUGAGCGUUUUCCCAAGCUCCGCGUCGUGACAUCUUUCAUUGAUGAGGGACUCGAUGAGAAGAAGUACAUCAUCCCUGGUCUGGGUGAUUUCGGCGACAGAUACUACACCAUGUAA